AUGCAGGAGAUCACUCGUACCCUUCCCCUAAGGGCAAAGAGCCCAUGCGGCCCUAUGGCUGUUGUGGCCAAGAAGGAUAAUGACGAUGAUGAGGCCGGUGACGUCGAUAGGGAUGCGUUUUUGGAAGUAAAUUCUGAAGACGACGGGGAUAUCCCGACGACAGGCGCCGGAAAGUUCAACCUCAACUUCAUCUUCCAGAGGAUGGGCGAGAUCGACCUGGAAACAAUCGAUAAAAUGAAUCAACCUGAUCAUGACAAAGCGAUCAGGGGCCUUGUUGAUGGUAACCUAUCGUCAAUCGAAGAGAACUCUCUAUUUCUGAGUGCCGAGAGGAUCGAAGGCGGCCUUAAACAUGUAUCUAAAAACCACGACGUCGAACAUGCCAUUGCAAAUGACCCGGAGAUCCGACAAUCCAUCGAACGGUACAGAAAGCAUGGAGCCGAUAUCCUGCGCAACUUGACCGAGUUGAUGCUGGCCGCCGGUUCACGCAACAAUGUUCCUGUUGAGACACAGGGGUGGCUUUUACUGCUGAUGGCCAAUGCAACAAAAGACUGCCGAGAACGUCUUAUCACAGCUCUCACCAACCCCUCUAUCAACCCGGCGUGCAUACAAUACGCAAGCGGCCAACGGUCUUGGGGGCCGGACAUGUUUGACUCCGCCCCCAAGAUCAACCUCGCAAACCCCAGCGCCUGCGGCGACGCAGUGACAGCCUAUAUGAUUAUAGGCCUUCUGUCAGGGAGACGCUUCGCAUAUUCCGGUAGCGCCACGAACACAAGCAUAGCGCAGAAGGACAUUGGUGAAACAUCGCGAAUGAAAGUACAUUCGAGAAUCUUGGGGUUGGGCCAUGAAGAGGUCCUCCGCCGACGACGUGUUGGCGACAAGAGGGUAUUCAAGGUCCACGAGCUCUUAUCGAAGAUGGAAGACCACGACUAUUCAUUUUUUCCAACUGUGAGGAUUCCUGUGGACAUAGAGGACCCUGACCACCUGGUCUCGGCAACGUUGGUGCUCCUCGCAGAGAUUAUCAACAUGGUGCUUUUUGACACAUGUUCCUCUGAUCCUGUUCCCCGUAGAGGACGCGCUAUGGUAUUCAUAGACCAGACAAACAGGCUCAUGAAGCGAUUGCGUCCGAAGGACUGCCCCGUGGCUCCGUGGGAGGGAAUGAAUCGCGUCAUCCCAGUCCUUCAGAUGCCCAAGGCAGUCUGGGGGCUGCUGCGACAGGGACAGCAACAGUCCUCGAUGCCAGAGUUAAUGAGUCGCUUACACGAGCACUUCAAGGAAACACGAAGUCUGACACUUGACCGAUCUCUAGGCGCAGAGAUGUUGAAAAGUGUCGACCGACCGUCAGAUGACAAGAAUGUGCGCAUCGUGCGAAGGCUGUAUGCCACCAUCCUCAAUGAGAAUGGGUUGGCAUACAGGAGCCCGUAUCAGGAAUUCUUGUACAUGCGCUGUGUUCUUUGGCAUUCGAUCAUCGUGGUCGCCGAGAAUGGACUCGUCAGUUUCCAAGAUGGAAAAUAUCACUUGGAAACUAACGCUUUGGAUUGGGUUGAAGUGUCUAGAGUUGCCCGGAGCAUCGCUCCUGAUGCUUUGGGCGAAAGCUUCUCAUGGACUAAGUGUCGUGAAUUAUACCGCGACCGUGAAAGCGCCUACUUUAAUCAACAAGUGGUAUUCCCGAUGGUAUGGGAAAAACUCCGAGAUGGAGUUCCUACCAAGUAUGCCUAUGCAAAAGCAAGGCAUCAUCUACCAUCGCCUAUCCGCACCAGGACUCAAGACAUUUGCAGGUACAUGCUAAUGCAACAGGGCAAUUCCAUUGACCGCAGUGGGGAAGUUGUGAAAACGGAUGAAAAGCACGUAAGCUCACUCGAAACCCUCCGGAAACGCGUACUGGAACAACUUAAGGAAGACCUCAGUCUUUCCAAGGGCGUGGAGGUUCGCGAAGGAACAUGGGAGGACAUCGCGUUCUUGGAUUAUAUCUCAAAACAAAUCAGACUUGCCCACAGAGACCUUCAAAAGGGAAUCUCUCCAGAAGAAGCCAAGGACUGGGGAAACCUAAAGGCGCUUCAGCCAUCGUGGGUACUCACAAGUGCGCAAGACCCUGAUGUUGAGUAUCUUCCUGAGUCCGUCAUUGCUGAGGCAGUAGACCCCAUGCUGCUACCGGCCCUCUCAGAUACACCAAAACACAUCAUUGAGCGUAUGACGUUUCUUCAGCGCAAGCAAGCUGAAUUCAAGCCAUUCUCUAACGUCGAAAAUCGCCUAGGGCCAAAAUCAGGGCCCGGGCCGGAAGGCACAACUGAACCCUUUGAUCUCGGGGACGGCCGUGGAAUCACACUUAGAACCAGGACAUUCUCGGCAGAGUCUGAGUCUGAGUCUGAGGAGGAGACCUCGGGAGUUGAGCAGACGGCAUCGAAUUCGGGUAUUUGCGAUUGUUGUGGUGUUUACCACAAUGAUCUACUGAAACACACAUCCCGAUGUUAUGGCAGAUGUCUCGAGUGCGAUCAGGACUCAGAGGCUUGUAUUCGAGGGGCUGAGGAUCCUCUCCAAUGCCUCCCUUGCUCAACCAAGGGAAGGAAGUGUUCGGGUCUCUCUGAAGAAAGCGACGUCGACCCAGACCAAACCACAGUCGAGUGCCCGAGAUGCUGGAUGACCUUCGUGUUGUCCAAAAUGGUCGAACAUGUGCUAGCUUGUCAAGGCCGAUGCAACAGUUGUGUUGAAAAAGGUCUGACCUGCAUCCGCCUUACCUCUAAUGACCGAAAAUGCCAAAAUUGCGACAAUGCAGAACAGUGCAUGUCGUUCUCGCACGACCACCUGGUUCUUGCCGCUGCACCAGGAACUUGCGAAAAUGCAAGUCCUGUCACGAAGCCCGAGUUCCCUGCAUACGUUCUGAAAGAUGGCCUGGAAAAUGCGAUCGUUGCAAGGAACAAGAGCUGCCAUGCGGCGGCUACACGCACGAGGGAGAUGUACGAAAGAGAGGCAAAGUCGCUUGCCCCCGCUGCUUGCGCGAUGACAUGUGGGCAAACCAUCCAAAAAAAUGCAAAGGUCGAUGUAAAGGCUGUGUCCGUGCCGGUAUACCCUGUGUUCGAGGACGAGGGUAUGGCGACAGGUGCACAUCCUGUGCAACCGUCGAAGAGUGUGGGGAUUACGACUACGAUGACGAUGUCUCAAAGAGCAAUUGCCAACGUUGUGGGGUAG